AUGCGAGUUAAAAAGGCAUUCCUUCUCGAUAUCAUCAACAUGUGCAGGGAUGGCAAGGAUAAUAGAAGAUUUUCAUGCAUGUUUUUUAGGACUAUCUUGCAAAUGUCUGUAUGGCAAGAAUGGCUUAUCUCGAUCUCAUAUGUGUUCCCUAAAAACGCGGAAGAGAUGGAGAUCAGUGAGCUUGUCUACGAAAUGUUCGCCAUUCUUUUGCACCACGCAAUCCGUUUCGAAUAUGGAGGAUGGCGUGUUUGGGUUGACACUUUGGCUAUAGCACAUUCGAAGGUGAUCUUAUCAUUUGUAUAG